CACAGCUAUUUAGGGGUGAAACUGGGAUACAAAUCCAGACAGUCUGAUUUCUGAGUCAGAGUUCUUAUUGUAAACGCAGACUAAGUAAUAAUAAAAGCUCAAACAAAAACCAAAGCGCGCACGCGCGUGCACUCAAAUCGCAGGCUUGAAGAGAUGCAACCUCUUGGUGUAUACAGCGCAUCCUCCUGCCUAAUUUUAAAUGCCGUCCAUAGUAAGACGUUAAAAAAUUAAAACGACAACAAAAGUUAACAGUUUUAGAACAACAUUGCAUCGUGCUUUGUAUUGCUUGCCUUUACAUAGUGGAGUUAAGGGACCAACCCCUCAGGACUCGUCUGUGAAUACACUCGCAGUACCCGGCUUGGGAAGUGAAAGGAACCUAACUUGGUGAGUGGAAAUGAGGAGUGGCCGUGUGGGGAAAGGGUUAAGACUGCUGCAACUUGGUUGAGUUUCUGAAAGUUCUCGGGAGAGCCCAAUUGCCGCGUCCCGUCGCGGCCCCUGCCUGCGCGGCCGACUGUAACAGGAUGCUGGGGCUCCAGGCGCUCGCCCCGAGCUUUGGGCGACGGGAAAGAGCCAAUGAGGAGCGAGGGCAAAAUCGGGUGCAGUAAACCCGAAAAGGGGGCGAGGAGGCCCGCGGGGAGAGCCGGGGAGGAGGCGGGGAGGGUCGAGCGAGGAGGAGGCGGCUCUGAGCGCCGGGCGGCGCGCCUGACAGAAGAGGGGAAGCCUGGGGGCGCGAGCGUCGCAGCCGAGGGGCCGGGGCGGGGAGGCGGGCGCCAGGCGGGGGGUUCGCAGGGCUGUCGAGUGUGACGUAGCUCCGGGCAGGGCGUUAUCAGCUGCCGGGCCUCGGCGAGGGACGCGCGGCGACAGCGGACGGCGCCUGCCGGGCCGGGACGGGAUUGCUGCACCCGGCGGCAGCGCGCAGGACCCGAGGGCUUCUGGCUACCGCCCCCUCCAGCGCCGCGCCCCGCCGCAGGGCGGCAUGAGUCGGCGGCCGCAGCCCUAGCGCCCUGCUCCUCCGCCCGGCCGACCCCGCUGAGGUGACGGCGCUCGCUGCCCGAUUGGGGGCCAUGAAGCCGAGUCCGGUCGGGACAGCGAGGGAGUUGGAGGCGCCGGCGCCAGCCCGAGCCGAGCAGCGCGCGGUGGAACCCGAAGGGCGCUGGCGGGAGAAGGGCGAGGCGGACACCGAGCGGCAGCGCACCCGGGAGCGGCAAGAGGCCACGCUGGCCGGGCUGGCGGAGCUGGAGUACCUGCGCCAGCGCCAGGAGCUGCUGGUCCGGGGCGCCCUGCGCGGCCCGGGGGUUGCGGGGGCUGCUGCGCCCCGCGCCGGGGAGCUACCGGGGGAGGCGGCGCAGCGCAGCCGCCUGGAGGAGAAGUUCUUGGAGGAGAACAUCUUGCUGCUACGAAAGCAAUUGAAUUGUUUGAGGCGAAGAGAUGCUGGUUUGUUGAAUCAGUUGCAAGAGCUUGACAAGCAGAUAAGUGACCUGAGACUGGAUGUAGAAAAGACAUCUGAAGAGCACCUGGAGACAGACAGCCGGCCUAGCUCAGGGUUUUAUGAGCUGAGUGAUGGGGCUUCAGGAUCCCUUUCCAAUUCCUCUAACUCGGUGUUCAGUGAGUGUUUAUCCAGUUGUCAUUCCAGCACCUGCUUUUGCAGCCCCUUGGAGGCAACCCUGACUCUCUCAGAUGGUUGCCCCAAAUCUGCAGAUCUCAUAGGAUGGUUGGAAUAUAAAGAAGGCCACUGUGAAGACCAGGCCUCAGGGGCAGUUUGCCAUUCCCUCUCCACACCACAAUUUAAUUCCCUUGAUGUCAUUGCAGAUGUGAAUCCCAAGUAUCAGUGUGAUCUGGUGUCUAAAAACGGGAAUGAUGUAUAUCGCUAUCCCAGUCCACUUCAUGCUGUGGCUGUGCAGAGCCCAAUGUUUCUCCUUUGUCUGACCGGCAGCCCUAUGAGGGAAGAGGACAGGCUUGGAAACCAUGCCAGUGACAUUUGCGGUGGAUCUGAGCUGGAGGUCGUCAAAACAGACAGCUCCUUACCAUCCCCAAGCAGUCUGUGGUCUGCUUCCCAUCCUUCAUCCAGCAAGAAAAUGGAUGGCUACAUUCUGAGCCUGGUCCAGAAAAAAACACACCCUGUAAGGACCAACAAACCAAGAACCAGUGUGAACGCCGACCCCACGAAAGGGCUUCUGAGGAACGGGAGCGUUUGUGUCAGAGCCCCGGGCGGCGUCUCACAGGGCAGCAGUGUGAACCUGAAGAAUUCUAAACAGGCGUGUCUUCCCUCUGGCGGGAUACCGUCUCUGGUCAAUGGGACUUUCUCCCCGCCGAAGCAGUGGUCAAAAGAAUCAAAGGCCGAGCAAGCAGAAAGCAAGAGGUUGCCCUCGCCAGAGGGCUGCUCCUCAGGCGCUGCCUCCGACCUUCAGAGUAAGCACCUGCCAAAAAUGGCCAAGCCAGCCUCCCAAGAACAUGCUUGGUGUCCCACCAUCGGGACAGCGGAGUCACCUAAAGAAAGCGCUCCACUCUCAGGGGCCUCUCCAAAAGAGAGUCCUGGCAGAGGCCCUGCCCCACCGCAGGAGAACAAAGUUGUCCAGCCCCUGAAAAAGAUGUCUCAGAAAAGCAGCCUGCAGGGCGUGCCCCCGGCCGCUCCUCCCCUGCUGUCUCCAGCUUUCCCCUUGGAAGAGAGGCCUGCCUUGGAUUUCAAGAGCGAGGGCUCUUCUUCCCAAAGCCUGGAGGAGGCGCACCUGGUCAAGGCCCAGUUCAUCCCGGGGCAGCAGCCCAGUGGCAGGCUCCAUAGGGGCCCCAGGAACGUGGGCGUCACCAAGAGCUCCAGCCUGAAGCACCGCGGCCAAGUCCUCCAGGGGAUGGAGAACGGCUUGCCCACUGUCAGGGAGAAAUCGCGGGCUGGGAGCAAGAAGUGUCGCUUCCCGGAUGACUUGGAUACAAAUAAGAAACUCAAGAAAGCCUCCUCCAAGGGGAGGAAGAGUGGGGGUGGGCCCGAGGCGGGUGUUCCCGGCAGGCUCACGGGCGGGGGCCACAGGGCCGGGAGCAGGGCGCACGGCCACGGACGGGAGGCGGUGGUGGCAAAACCUAAGCACAAGCGAACCGACUACCGGAGGUGGAAGUCCUCAGCCGAGAUUUCCUAUGAAGAGACCCUGAGGAGGGCCCGGCGGAGUCGCCGGGAGAAUGUGGGGCUGUACCCCGCGCCAGUGCCUCUGUCCUAUGCCAGCCCCUACGCCUAUGUGGCCAGCGACUCCGAGUACUCGGCCGAGUGCGAGUCCCUGUUCCACUCCACCGUGGUGGACACCAGUGAGGACGAGCAGAGCAAUUACACCACCAACUGCUUCGGGGACAGCGAGUCGAGUGUGAGCGAGGGGGAGUUCGUGGGGGAGAGCACAACCACCAGCGACUCUGAAGAAAGCGGGGGCUUGAUUUGGUCCCAGUUUGUCCAGACUCUCCCCAUUCAAACGGUCACGGCCCCAGACCUUCACAGCCACCCUGCAAAAACCUUUGUCAAAAUUAAGGCCUCACAUAACCUCAAGAAGAAGAUCCUCCGCUUUCGGUCUGGCUCUUUGAAACUGAUGACGACGGUUUGAGUGAUGUCAUUGGUGUAGAAAGUGUCAUUUUUUUUUUUCCUAGUUGCCAAAAUAAAAAAGGUGGUGUUUUGAUUUUUGUAUAAUACUUUUCAUGGAAUGCUUUUCUUUUAAGAUUAAAACCAAGAUAAAUUAUUGUCUCAUCUUCAUCACAUAUGGACGCUAGUGCCUUUAAGGGAAGGUAAAGAAUGUUUUGUUGGUUAGAAGUAAAUAUUGAGGUUUUAAUGGUGGUGAUAGUGAGUUUUGUGGUACCAGCUGUUUUGUAUUUUAAACUUUCUGAGUAUCUAGCAAGGUACAGGUUUUGAUGUUCGAGUUUUAUUGGGAUGAGACCUUUUGAUUCCAAGGUCAGGUGGAUGGGAUUUUUAGAUUUGUAUUUGCUCCUUGAGUCUUCGGGACAGUGUCUCCAUGAGGGUUUUCCUGUUGAGGGGCAUCACAUACAAUAGUGUGAAGUAGGUACAAGGGGCAGUCAUUGUAUUCUAUAGUUUUUUGUAGUCUACGUUUCUCAAAUGUAUCCUCAUUCGGUUUUCUUCUCAGAAGUGUUCUUUUUACUGGACUCAUGACUUGGAGGCCAGACCUUAAAUCCAGAGAUGGCAACCUGGAUAGGGACUUAAAAGGAUCCACAAAAACUUUUGACACACUUGGUGCCUAGGCCCUGUUCCCAAUAACCCCUUCUAGGGCUGUUUAUCCAACAUUUUGAUGCCUUCUUUCCCCUCCCUAAUUUGUAGACGAUCCAACCUUUCAUUCCUUGGAGGAUUUGCUUUGGGGAUAAAAUUUUGGUCCUCAGGCACAGAGACAUUCACUUUUAAUGAAAUAACCCUUGGGCAUGACUCCAAUCCCAGAAUUGCUCACUGAGCGCUAUGCCACCUAAGCAUUGACCUGAACAUAUUAGUGCAAUCCAGUCCAGAUUGGACCACUGAUCCUACGUGAAAGGGCUGUUUUUUUAAAACAAUUUUUUUUGGUAAGCAGUAUUGUGUAAAAUUGCUUUUUGUAUACCAAUAUAUGCAUGUUUUGUGCAUGAGUAGUACUUGUGUUGAUAUUCCUGUUGAUGUUAAAUUACUGUAUAAUAUAAACAGUACGUGUUUUUAUAUAUCAUUUUGUAAAUUUAAUAUAACACAUAUGCAGUAAUAAACGAUUUGUUUUACUGCC